AAAUAUUUCAACAUGAAUCGCCUUCAACUAAAGCCCCAAACUCUCUACACAUACACCCUCAGACCCAAACCAAGACCAACACUACAUCUCCUGAAACCCCCAUACGUAUCUCUAAACACCACCACAACCAAAUGCACCACUCACCCAAGCAAACCCCAACCACCACCAGCAACAACCCUCCCCUUCUGGACCUGCCGCCACACAUGGUCCCGCUCAGCGAUCAACACCCUCCGCUGUCUCAUCGGCUGCACCACAGGCGACUUCACCGCCCUGUGGACCCUUCAAGCCUACGCCCCAGACUGGGGAAUGCCCUUAAUGAUGGGCGUAUCCAUGACAACAGGCCUCCUCACCUCCCUAACCCUAGAAACCGUCCUCCUAGCAUACGGCAAAGACGCCCUCCCCCUCCGCCACGCGGUCCGCACCGCAGCGGGGAUGAGCCUCGUGUCGAUGCUGGCUAUGGAGAGCGUGCAGAAUGCCGUCGAUUGGCAUCUGACGGGGGGUGUCGUUGAUGUGGCGGAUUGGGCGUUUUGGGGCAAGGCGGGGGUUAGUAUGGCGGCUGGGUUUGCGGCGCCUUUGCCGUGGAAUUAUUGGAGGUUGAGGGCUUUGGGGGUUGGGUGUCAUUGAUCUUUCUUUCUUUUGUU